AUGGAUAGUGAAUUAAUUGUGACGGUGCACAUCCGCGACGUAUGCGUGUUCCUGGCGCCCGUGUUCAGCGGCUUCACGGCCAUCGCCACGUAUCUGCUGACGCGCCAGCUCUGGAGCGGUGGCGGGCUCUUUGCCGCGUGCUUUAUCGCCAUCGUGCCGGGAUACAUCUCUCGCUCCGUGGCCGGCUCCUAUGACAACGAGGGUGUCGCCAUCUUCGCUCUCCAGUUCACCUACUACCUCUGGGUGAAGUCUGUGAAGACUGGCUCCGUGUUCUGGUCGACAUGCUGCUGCCUCUCCUACUUCUACAUGGUGUCGGCGUGGGGUGGCUACGUCUUCAUCAUCAACCUCAUCCCCUUGCACGUCUUCGUGCUGCUCCUCAUGCAGCGCUUCAGCCGCAGGCUAUACAUCGCUUACAGCACAUUCUUCAUCCUGGGCCUCAUCCUCUCCAUGCAAAUCCCAUUUGUGGGCUUCCAGCCUGUGCGCACCAGCGAACACAUGGCCGCAGCCGGGGUGUUCGUGCUGCUGCAGGCGUACGCCUUCCUGCAGUAUUUGCGCGAACGACUGACGCGGCAGGAGUUCAAGACGCUGUUCUUCGUGGCGGUGGCGCUAGCCGCCGGCGUGGUGUUCCUCACCGUUGUCUACCUCACUUACGCGGGAUACAUCGCUCCUUGGAGCGGAAGAUUCUACUCCCUGUGGGACACUGGGUAUGCCAAGAUCCACAUCCCCAUCAUCGCGUCGGUGUCUGAGCACCAGCCCACCACGUGGGUCUCCUUCUUCUUCGACCUGCACAUCCUGGUGUGCGUUUUCCCCGCCGGACUCUGGUUCUGCAUCAAGGACAUCAACGACGAGCGGGUUUUCAUCGCUCUGUAUGCGAUCACGGCGACGUACUUUGCGGGGGUGAUGGUGCGGCUCAUGCUCACGCUCACGCCUGUGGUGUGCGUGCUGGCCGGCAUCGCCUUCUCCGACACGUUCCGGCAGUACCUUGCCGACGAGCGGCAACCCGAGCGACGUACGGGUGGGGACAGCAGCGACGACGAGGACGAGGGCAAGCGCAGCACCCCCAAUCUCUACGACAAGGCGGGCAAGGUGCGGAAGUACCCCUCGGAGCAGGAGAAGAGCGAGGAGGGGCUGGGUCCCAACGUCAAGAGCAUCGUGGUCAUGGUGGUGCUCAUGCUGCUCAUGAUGUUCGCCGUGCACUGCACCUGGGUCACGAGCAACGCGUACUCGAGCCCCAGCGUCGUGUUGGCGUCGUACAACCAUGACGGGACGCGAAACAUCUUGGAUGACUUCCGUGAGGCAUACUACUGGCUGCGGCGAAACACGGACGAGCACGCGCGCGUGAUGUCGUGGUGGGAUUACGGGUACCAGAUCGCGGGCAUGGCCAACCGCACCACCCUCGUGGACAACAACACGUGGAACAACAGCCACAUAGCGCUCGUGGGCAAGGCGAUGUCGUCCAACGAGAGCGCGGCGUACGAGAUCAUGCGCAGCCUGGAUGUCGACUACGUGCUCAUCAUCUUCGGGGGUGUCAUCGGCUACUCGGGCGACGAUAUCAAUAAGUUCCUGUGGAUGGUUCGCAUCGCCGAGGGGGAGCACCCCAGGGACAUCCGCGAGAGCGAUUACUUCACACCGCAGGGCGAGUUCCGUGUGGACCGGGGUGGCUCUCCCGUGCUGCUCAACUGCCUCAUGUACAAGAUGUCCUACUACCGCUUUGGGGAGAUGCAGCUGGACUUCCGCACGCCGCCCGGCUUUGACCGCACGCGUAACGCGGAGAUCGGCAACAAGGACAUCAGCUUCAAGCACCUGGAGGAGGCGUUCACCUCGGAGCACUGGCUCGUGCGGAUCUUCCGCGUCAAGCAGCUGGAGAACCGCGAGCCGCUGGGCCGCAAAGCGCGCUCCACCAACACCGUGCCCAAGCAGAGAUACGUCUCCAAGAAGACGAGCAAGAGGAAGCGCGGCCACAUCAAGAACAAGAUGGUCAUCAAGAGAGGGAAGAAGUCGACCUCGAAAUAA